AUGUCUCUUCGGAACGACCUUGACAACGGGCGGCCAACCAAGCGGCUCGAGUCAUGGGAUAUCGCGUCAAUGUGGCUCAGCGAUCGAAAAGACGAAAUCCAGGACUGGUGGGACUUCAGCGGACCCCAACUAGCAACACUCGCACACGAAGCCGGCUACAGCACCAUGACCCAAAUUGAAUUACUCUUGUUCUUUCGCUCAGUUGUGUUACCAAGGAUGGGGCGGUUUCCUGAUGCGUGCCGGCCACGUGCGUGCGCCCAAAGCCGAAGCAUACUCACCUAUGACGGCUCCCCUAUUGAAUAUAGUUGGAAAUGGAAUAACUCUGCGAACGACCAUCCGGAGAUUCGUUUUUGCGUGGAGCCAGUGGGCGAUGGUUUGUGUGCCGAUGGGAUCGUGGGUGGUAAGCUUCGUGCCACAGAUGAAAUCCUGGUGCAACUUGCAAAGCGAGUGCCAAGUACGGAUCUUGAAUGGUAUCAUCAUUUUCGGGAUUCAUUUGGCCUUGGGCAUUGGACGGAUGGUCCCCUCCAUGAAGACGCAGGUACGUGGCAGGUGCGAAGGCCACGAAUGCCAGUUGCCUUUGAAUUUACGCCAAAAGGAAUAGUCACCAAGGUGUACUUUACCCCACCAGCCACUCUGGAUGAUAUGCCCUCUUUCAACAUGUUUGCAGAUGUUGUGCGGCCGAUUGGUGACAAAGAUACUACGGCCCUAGAUGAGUCUAUGGAAUAUCUUUCCAGGGACCCGGUUGGGGCCACUUUACGACCCGAUGUUUUGGCAAUUGAUUGCAUCUCGCCUCUAAAAUCACGGAUAAAGCUCUACGCAGGAACGGCAAUGACAACUUUCACGAGUGCCAUCUCUGUACUGACACUGGGUGGGCGGAUCCCAGUGACUCGACACUCCAUCGAUGAGAUGUGGGCGUUGUUCCGCAUGGUCCUAGGGCUCCAUGAUAAAUUCUUGCAGGACGAGGAACUACCCGUGCAGAAUCCAUUCCAACCGAGUCGCGCACAUCCUGAAGACUACUACAGCGGCUUACUCUAUUAUUUCAACCUUGCACCGGGGGCACUGUUACCCGACGUGAAACUGUACUUACCCGUGAUCCGGUACGGCCGCUCAGAUGCAGACAUCGCGCUCGGGUUGCAACGGUUCAUGGCGUCGAGGCAUCGCGGACAAUAUGUAGAUGGAUUCCAGCGGGCUAUGGAGAUCAUCAGCCAGAGGCACAAGAGCGGAAAUGGCCAUCGUAUCCAGACUUAUAUUGCAUGUUCAUUCGAUAAGGACGGCUCUCUUUCACUGACGUCGUACCUGAAUCCUGGGGUUUAUUUUUCAUCGGAAACAGUUGAUGUUUGA